UGAGUUCAGAUUUUUACCAGUAUUACAAAUGUAAUAUCACAUUUCAAUAGACGUCAUCAAUCAGCUGUCUGUUAGCAACCGUUUAAAGAGGACUUCACAAUAUUUAAAUAAUACUUAAUUAUCUUCCCCAUACCUUUCAGGGGAAAAUAUAGCCUACUUGUUUCUACACUAUCAUUCAUUUGACAAUUGGUAGUUAAUUUAGCAAGAUGUAGCAUAUAAUCUACUUGUAAAUUGUGAAGCUACCCAAUAACAAAUAAAGUUUCUAAAAUUGGCUUCACUUAAGCUAAACCAGGUGGUGAUUAAUGCACCAGCUGAUAAUAUAACCAGUAAAUAUGUGCCUCUAAAAGUAGAUUAUGAAUGCAGGUCUGAAUGAAAUACUGUAACAUGCUUAAUGUAAAGAAUCAUAUUAUAUUUAGGCUGCUAUAUGUUAUAUUAAGCAAUUUAUCAUUGCUGCGUUGUUUUUGAAUAAUGACCAUUCCACCAACUGGUUUUUUUCAAAAACAAUUUUAGAAUUGAUUUAAGAAGCUUAUUUGAUCAUUAAGGCCUACUUCAUGAAGGCAAUAUUAAGUAACCCGUUACAUGAAUCAUUUAAUAUUAAUUCAAGCAUAUACACUAACAGUAUGCACUUAGUCAUUGCACUACUGUAUUAAUUUAAAACGCACAGAAACAAUCUGAUUUAGACAUUGUAUGUUGUCGUUCAAUGUCGUAGGCUACUGUUUAUAUAUAGGCCUACACACGUUUAUACUUUUUUUUACAUAAUAGCUUAAUGUUUGGGGAUCAGCUUUGUUGUCCUUGUUUUUUAGUUGUAUGUUCUGUGUGUGUGCAUUAAGAGCAGCAAAACAAUUCAUUGUUUAUGGCUAGCCAAUACUAUAUUUGGUACUGAUUCCUUUUCAAUGUCAAAAGAGAUUUAACAUGUAGGCUUACUGAUAGUAAAUCAGUAUCUUAGGAGAAUUUCCCCUUUGUAUGCGACUCAAUAUUGAUUAAAUAGCCGAAACAAAGAAACACGAAGUAAUCUAUGAAGCUGUAAAAAUGUAUGAUCAACGUAGUUCUACUUUAUUUCAAUAAUAUUUUAAUCUAUUUUGUUUCAACUUAACAGAUAAAUAUGUAAAACAUACUGAUAUAACUAUAACUUUUACCUUCAAACUUUUUUUAAGUAGGCCUACUUUUAAUAUUGAUCUAUAUCUACUAACCCAGUCGCCCAGCCUUCAGCAGGAGAGCUCGAACAAAACAACGGGAGUUUAUUUGGCGAGGCGCCGGAAGCAGCAGGUUGGACAGGACAGGGGAGAGGAGCACGGACAGACACCAGAUUAUCCCUCGGGAGUUAUCUGAGCUAUCCGUUAUUAUUCACACAUUUGUACCAAUUCAAGAGGAAAAAAUGGCUUUGACUCAAGAAUCUCUUUUGUCUUUUUUGCUGGAGCACGGAGGCAAAGUGAAAAACUCGGAGCUGGUGAACAACUUCAGGACUCAGAUCAACUGCGGCGAUCCAGCGGAAAAGCAGCACAAUAGGGACCUUUUCAAGAAGUUGGUGAACAGCGUCGCAGUGGUGAAACAGAUCGACGAGGUGAAGUUUGUGGUCGUGAAGAAACGCUAUCAGGACUUUGUAAGAGAGGGAGCGUACGAUGCAACCCCGCAGAAAAAAACGCAGAUGGACGACGAACACAAUAGCAGCUUUUCGUUUCCAUCUCCUCACCGAGCCGAGGCAGGCAGGGUGAUUUAUUCUGACAUUGAAAACAAUAAUACGUGCUACCCCUCGAACAUAAAUGGCAGCUAUUGUAGUGAAGCCAAACGUAAGUCUGUGGGGGGUAUGCACGACAAGAGGCAGUUAUUAAGAAGCAAUAGUGGGGAGGCUACCACGGUUAAAGUCCUGAAUAUCUCCGGAGAUCAGACGAGCAAAGCGAGGAAAUCUGGUGCUGUGUUUGCUGUCAUAGCGGUAAAAUCCCCCCCGAGAGACUCUGCACCAGCAGCACAGGAUGAAAUACAUUCCCCAGUGCGUCCACCUAAAACGUCAGACAAACCAAUCACGUUUACAACUAAAGUUUCUUCACCAUCAACUCUGAAUCUUAACUUUCCAGCUUAUAAAAAGAGUGCACAAAGUGAGUCCCAGUGUUGGAAAAACAAACAGAUGGAGGACAUGCAACCCCCAAGAUUUCCCCUGGGGAGGUCUCAAAGCAAGAGAGAUGAUGCAAAGUACUCAGAGUCAGUGCCUUUGGAGCCAUUAGCUCAUGAGUGGUUGGUAAAGUGUGCAGCUGGACUGUGGGGUCACAUCCACGGUCUGCUGCUGCAGGACACUCGGCUGGCACAGAAGAAAGACUUCAUGUCAGGAUUCACGGCACUGCACUGGGCCGCCAAAGACGGCAACAGUGAGAUGAUACACAAGUUGCUGGACAUCUCCAGGAGAAGAGGAACCUGUGUAAACAUCAACAGCAAAGCACACGGGGGGUACACACCUUUGCACAUAGCAGCCAUGCACGGCCACACUGAAGUGAUGUUUCAGCUCGUGCAAGGUUAUGGAGCCAGUGUAAAUGAGAGAGAUAAUGAUGGCAAGAAGGCCUUCCACUACCUGGGAAAACAUGUGUCAUCUGAAGUCAGAGCACUUAUGGGAGGACUGCAGCACAGCAAGUGCAGGGAGAAGAUAGACAACGAAGAAUACAGAGAGCACCAGAAAGGCUUCAACACCAUAAGUAAACUGUUCCAGCCGCACAUAGGGAGGAAACAGAAAAACUAGUUUGCUCAGGAAUGGUGAGAGUGACAUGGAGGAUCAGGACAAUAGGACAAUUGUAAUAGCUAAUACUGUCUGAGUUUGUAUAUUAUGUUAAUAUGAAACAAAAAACCCGUUGUUUAUCCUCUGCAUCACUUAAUGUGUUAUAAGUCUCUCUGUACUUACUAUUGUAGCGCUUUUGUACAGUGUAUCACUGCUGGAUGUACUAUUUAUAAGCAGUUAGUAUUAUUUAAUCAACUUUUUUUCCUUAGCUUAAUUCCUUGUUUUAAGAAUGAGUGUUAUUUGGAUCCCGUUUAAUUUAUUUUUCUUACUAACAACACAAGCAAUCCAAGAUAUUUACACAUAUUUUCAUUACUUUUUGUGGAACACAUCUGUAGAAGUUACCAAUUGAUUUGUGACUUCAAAGUAUGAGGAUAAAUGAAAUAUGACAUGGGAAACAGUUGCUAACAACACUGGUGUGAAACAUUGUGUUGUUGCUUUUGUGCACAGCAGAUCUAUUUAUGAUAUAACUAUGAUCAAAAUAAAGUCUUUUAA